UUCAGCAACCCGAGAACUGUUUAUCUGAGCAAAUCCUGCCUGUGACUGCGCUGGAGAUGAAAAGGGGUUAAAUCCCUUGCAAGACUUCUCCAUCAUGAAGGAAUAUGUGUAAUGCCCACAGCUGGUAACCCUUCCUGAAACAUGGCCCAGUGACAAUAAUUGACAAAAGAGUGAGGCCAUUCAGAGUAAAAAGAUUGACCUUUUUGGUUGGCUGCAGCUGAAGAUUGCUUUACAGAAGCCACUAGAAAGGUUUGUGAGUCAUGAUGCAAGAAUCUGGGACUGAGACAAAAAGUAAUGGUUCAGCCAUUCAGAACGGUGCAAGCAGUGGCAACCACUUGCUAGAGUGUGGCCUUCGGGAAGGGAGAUCAAACGGGGAGACCCCUUCUGUAGACAUUGGUGCUGCAGAUCUUGCCCAUCUCCAGCAACAGCAGGCUCUUCAGGUAGCAAGGCAGCUUCUGUUACAACAGCAGCAGCAGCAGCAACAACAACAGCAGCAACAAGUUAGUGGGCUAAAAUCUCCCAAGAGGAAUGACAAACAGCCAUCCCUUCAGGUUCCAGUGUCAGUGGCUAUGAUGACACCUCAAGUUAUCACUCCCCAGCAAAUGCAGCAGAUCCUCCAGCAGCAAGUCCUAACUCCGCAGCAACUUCAGGUCCUGCUCCAGCAACAGCAGGCACUCAUGCUUCAGCAGCAGCAGCUUCAAGAAUUCUAUAAGAAACAACAGGAGCAGUUGCAGCUUCAACUUUUACAGCAACAACAUGCGGGAAAACAACCUAAAGAGCCACAGCAGCAACAGGUGACUUCGCAGCAGCUGGCCUUUCAGCAGCAGCUUUUACAGAUGCAACAAUUGCAGCAACAGCACCUCCUCUCUUUGCAACGCCAAGGUCUGCUAACGAUUCAGCCGGGCCAGCCCACCUUGCCGUUGCAGCCUCUCGCUCAAGGCAUGAUCCCAACUGAACUGCAGCAACUCUGGAAAGAAGUGACAGGUUCUCACACAGCAGAGGAGGCUGUAAGCAACAACCACAGCAGUUUGGAUCUAUCAACGACGUGUAUCUCUUCCUCAGCAUCUUCUAAGACCCCCUUAAUAAUAAACCCACAUGCCUCAACCAAUGGACAGCUAUCAGUCCACACUCCCAAAAGAGAGAGUUUAUCCCACGAAGAGCACUCUCAUAGUCAUCCACUGUAUGGGCAUGGAGUAUGCAAAUGGCCGGGCUGCGAAGCGGUAUGCGAAGAUUUCCAGUCAUUUCUAAAACAUCUCAACAGUGAGCAUGCGCUGGAUGAUAGAAGUACAGCCCAAUGUAGAGUACAAAUGCAGGUUGUACAACAGUUAGAGCUGCAGCUGUCGAAAGACAAAGAGCGCCUGCAAGCGAUGAUGACGCACCUGCACGUGAAGUCAACUGAACCAAAAGCUACCCCUCAGCCUCUAAAUCUUGUAUCUAGCGUCACACUUUCAAAGACGGUGUCAGAGGCUUCUCCGCAGAGCUUACCUCAUACCCCGACAACCCCAACGGCGCCUAUCACUCCUGUCAGCCAGGGGCCUUCUGUCAUCACUACCACAAGCAUCCACAACGUGGGGCCUAUCCGAAGGCGGUACUCUGAUAAAUACAACGUGCCCAUCUCUUCAGCAGAUCUUGCGCAGAACCAAGAAUUCUACAAGAACGCAGAGGUUAGGCCGCCCUUUACGUAUGCAUCCUUAAUUAGGCAGGCCAUUCUUGAAUCUCCAGAAAAGCAGCUAACACUAAAUGAAAUCUACAACUGGUUCACGCGGAUGUUUGCCUACUUCAGACGGAACGCAGCCACGUGGAAGAAUGCAGUGCGUCAUAAUCUUAGUCUUCACAAGUGUUUUGUGCGAGUAGAAAACGUUAAAGGGGCAGUAUGGACAGUGGAUGAAAUAGAGUUCCAAAAACGAAGGCCACAAAAGAUCAGUGGAAGCCCUUCACUUAUUAAAAACAUGCAGACCAGCCACACCUACUGCUCACCUCUCAGUGCUGCUUUACAGGCUUCAAUGGCUGAGAACAGUAUACCUCUGUACACUACUGCUUCCAUGGGAAACCCCACUCUGGGCAGUUUAGCCAGUGCUAUGAAGGAAGAGCUUAAUGGUGCAAUGGAGCAUGCGAACAGUAAUGGGAGUGACAGCAGUCCCGGACGUUCUCCUAUGCAAGCAAUGCACCCUGUGCAUGUUAAAGAAGAACCAUUAGAUCCAGAUGAAAAUGAAGGACCACUAUCCUUAGUGACCACAGCUAACCACAGUCCAGAGUUUGAUCAUGACAGAGAUUAUGAAGACGAAAAUGUAAACGAGGACAUAGAAUGAGUAUGUCUGUGGUCAGGAUCCUGUGAAUGAAGAUUGUGGGGAGGGAGGAAAAAACACAUACUUCAAAAUUAGCUGUGAAAUCUCUCCCCAUUAUUGUACAGUCUGGAGGAUACUCUCGGUCCAUUUUGACAGCUAUAAAAUAUGUUAACUCUUAGUGCCAUCAAGUAUCCCAUUUGGGAGUAUUUUUGAUUUUUCUACUUUUUGUUGAGAAAAAAAAGGAAUUUGUACUCUGUGCAUUGGAUGGACUUGUUUGGUACUUGGGAUUCCCUCUCACAGUCAACAUCAGUGUUGUAAAUUAAUUCAAACAAUUCACUCACCUACUAUUUGGCAGCAGACUUUGGACUGCAGUUCUUCCAGUUUGGGACACUGAAGACAUCAAGCUGAGCAUGUACAUAUAAAUUGCAGAUCAAGCCUUUGGCCAGAUUUUAAGGAUUCCAAUGGACAACAUAUUUGCACAGUAUCGCAUGUUGAUUAUCACUGCCUUUUCUUUUUCUUUCUUUCUUUUUUUUUUGCUUCCAUUUGGGAUGGGGAAG